AUGAAGGUGUAUUCGUUGAUUUACACAUUUGUAGCGUAUAUUUUUAUAGUGAUGGCUGAUAGAAGAAAUAUCUUCUUAUCGAAGGGAAAGUCGUGGAUUGCAGAUGAGUAUUUUACGAAACUUAUCAAGUUGUCGUUUACUUCUUCUGGAUGCUGCAACGUUUUCUUAAGUGAUACGACUGAAGAUUCGGAAACAUUGUUCAGUCAAUUCAGAAGCAUCUAUCCAUCCAAUUACCUCUUGAAAUCGAACACGCACGACUGCCACGAAUUCUUUUUGUUGGGAUCAAGUGAAGAAGGAAUCAUGGAGUCUAUAAAAAAAAUACCGUUGCUACAGUGGAAUACAGAGAUUCUGAUUAUAGUGAAUAACGAUAUUUCCAAUGAUUCUCGUCUAUUGAAUAAUUCUGUGUACGGAAUUGCAAACAUAAAUAUUGUCUCUAUGUCGGGAAUGUGGAUACUAUCGAAAGACUACAUAAAACCGCGAGUCUUUACUAAAGUUGACAGAUACAAGGAAAUCCAGAUAAACGACAAGGUAAACUUUCGUGGUAGAGAAUUACAAGUCUGCAGCGAUUAUAUUCCCCCUAUGACGUACUUAAACCAUACAAUUCAAAAAACGAUUAAUGGUGUACAAGCAGAAGUAUACACAAUGGAUAGUGAUUUGGAUUGGGACGGUAUCGAAAUGCGGUUGUUUCUAAUAAUGGCGGAAAAAUUAAAUUUCACGUGGACUUUGAGAAAACCAGAGGGAAACUACACAUAUGGCAAACGAAUCAACGACACAUAUUGGACGAGCGGUAUAAUGCAAAUGAUACGUGAUCAAAAGGUAGAUUUAGCGUUCGCCAGUAUUUGGUUAAUAUUGGAUCAAGAAACAUUCGUACAGUUAUCCGAACCUUGGUACCAACUACAUAUACAUUUUUUGGUACCUCGUCCUCAUCGAACCACAGGCUUUUUGGCGCUCAAAAGACCAUUCUCAGAAGAAGUUUGGCUCUUACUCUUAUCUGUAUUGCUUCUACACAGCUUCUAUACAUAUGUUCGGACUUGGAUUGAUCCCAAAUUUCCAAAACGAUAUCGUAAUUUUCUAAUUAUCCUAACCGAUCUGAUCGGCUGUUUACUAAGCAUGUCGGUACCGAAGAGUGUCGGAACCACGAUGAACAAACUACAGAUUCUUUUCUGGCAGAUUACGGGCUGGUUAAUAAUUACAGCUUAUUGCAGUAGCCUUGCAGCUAGACUUGCGAGUUCAGGCUACGAGGACAGGAUCGAUACCAUCGAACAAUUUGUUCAAGCAAAUUUGCAAUGGGGAAAAACGGGUCAACCACCUCCGUUCGCCGAUUUCUUCGACCUCACGAAUCCACAUGCAGCGCAACUGCCAAAUAGAUAUCGUCAAGUACAAAAUAGUACACAGUUAAGACAAUUCAUUAUGCAAGGUAAUUACGCUAUUCCAGGAAUAAUUAUAGACACCUUUUUUUUUCCAACCGACUAUAUAUCAAACGAAGACUUAAAGAAUUACAGAUUGAUGAGAGAACCUGUGGGACACUUUUAUGCUGUUUUUGCCGUUCAACCAUGGCUUUUGAAACCCAUAAACAGGAUCAUUCUCUGGUUAAAGGAAACCGGUAUCGUUAUUUGGCAUUUGCGCGAUGUUAUUCGCAGACGGGAUAACUAUAAUCUACGCGAGGUUCUCGUGGAGCACGAUAAGUACGACGGACACGUGCAAGUUCUCGGAUUGAUGCCGCUCGGCGCUGGAUUCUCCUUGUUACUCGUUGGCAUGUCGAUUGCAACGUUUGUAUUUUACUUGGAGUUGAGACGCACUGCUAAAACUACCUCUGUUAGCAAUCGUCUUCGCGAUAUCGAUAAAAAACACGAUGCAUAAAAAUUCAAUUUCACAGAUGACACAAUCGUAAACAUACAAUAAUAUUAUAUAAUUGCUAGAUCAUUGUACAAAUAAAGCAAUCUCGUCAUCACGUUGUUGUUGACUAUUCUAAUCUUCACAAGAAUGUGCAAUAUCUCAGCAUUAACAAUUUGAGGACGAGAUUUUGUUGUCAUUUCUCGACGAAAUAUGUAUUAUUGCAAUUUGUACGUUUAAGAAUUUAGAAAGAACAAAGACCCUUAAAAGUUUAGAAAGUAAAUUGUAAUCUAGACUCCGAAAUAUUGCACAACAAUAACCGCUGAAUGUCAUUCAUGGGACACUGAACAUCGUGUAUACAUAUGUGGUAUGCAAGCACAACCAACGUAGAAAUAUAGUGUGAUCGUGUAGUAGCAUAGUCGUGAUUUGAAUACAUCUGCUUACUAUUGAUUCCAAUAGAAUAAAAUAGAUAAUACACAGCUCAAUAAAAUAAUAUAAAAUAAAAAAUGUUUUGCGUCUAUUAUUUCCUUAUAAAACGAAAGAAACUUUUGAAAUUACAUCAGCACGAUAGUAAAAACGAAUCUGAGUAUGUAUAAAGAAAUUACAAGAUAUUAAUAUAUAAGUUAGAAGAUUUAGUGAGAUCAUUAUUGGAAUUUGUUUUGUUCUAAGGAAUAAAAAUGCGAGAACUUUUGUUAGUAAUUUAUGAUGCUCAUCCUCGCGAUCUAAAGAUUAAUUUAGAAAACGCGAAAUUUCCUUUAAUAUUUAUAAUAGCAUACUUUAUACUAUUAUAAAGCCGAUCGUCAACGCUCGAGGGUCGGCCAGCGUAGUUCCAUGACUUACCUAAUAAACAGUACUAAGAGUCCUUCACAUUUCAAGCGCAUGUAAGUGCAAUAAAUGACGCUUUGUGAGCGAAUAUCCUGAUUGGUCAUUUUCUUGCGUUGGGUGAAAACCAAUCAGCGUCCGUAUUUCGGAAUCUCCGCUUCAGACUAUAUUAGAGCUCGACAUGGCAUCUGCAGUUUCGUUUGUGUCGUUCAACCGUGAACAUCAACUAGGAAGUUAUUACAUAUUCGAGAGAGAGAAAAAGUCUCUUUAUUAGAAACAAUUGGUAUAAUCUUGUUCGUGAUUUCGAGUCAAUAAUAUCUUCUCCACCAGAGUAAG